GGUGGCUAGCGCUAUAGCCUCCUCGAUCAGUUUCAUUGAGCAAGCGGAUUCAACUUCAAGUAGCGUUUUAGGAUGCCCGUAUUUCCUUUAUUAACAUAAAUGCCCAGAAGCCAGAGGUGACUCAGCUGAGAGAGCAGAUAACAUGGCGACGAAGCAUGCGUGUUGGACGUCUGUCUCAAGUACAGAUGGAGGAGGGGGAACUCUUCAGUCAUCACAGGAACAUGAUGAAGGAAACAUCAGAAUCAAGACGGAGGGAGAAUUUGAGAAGGAGGAGACGUGUCUUUCCAUUCCAGGUUCAGAAGGAUUGAGAUAUGAGGGUCAGCUUGUAACUCAUGACGGUCUGGUAUUCACCAUCAAACAAGAAGUUGACACAGACAUGUUUGAAUCCCUCUCAAGUGCAGAAGGACAAGACCCAUCGACUGAACAAGAAAUGGUCUAUGCCACCAUAAAGCAAGAAGACAAAGAAGAGAUAUUUGAACCUAUUACAACUCAAGGUGAAGGAGGAGGAGAAACUGAGCAAUCAAUUCCUGAAGAGUUGGACAAUGGACAAGACAAUAAACACCCACAUAUAACAUCAUGCAGUGGAGAGAAGUCCCAUCUGUGUUUACAUUGCAGUAAGACAUUUACAGAUGAAAACACUCUUAUACUACAUCAGAAAACACACCAGGGCGAGUAUGAGCUAAGUAGCCACCUUAGAACACAAACUGGAGUGAAAUUUUUCAACUGUUCCCGGUGUGAUGAGGGUUUUCCCGAUGCAAGUACCCUUAUCAGCCAUUUAAGAACACACAGCCUCAACGAAAAGCCUCAACGAUGUUCCCAUUGUGAUAAGACGUUUUCUGCAAAGACUAGUCUUACUGCCCACCUUAGAACACAUACAGGAGAGAAACCCUUUAAGUGUUCCCAGUGUGAUAAGGGGUUUUCUCAAAAGUCUAUUCUUACUAACCACCUUAGAACACAUACAGAAGAGAAAACCUUUAAGUGUUCCCAGUGUGAUAAGGUUUUUAUUUGCCAAAGUUAUCUUACUACCCAUGUAAGAACACACAGUGAAGAAAAGCCUUAUCGAUGUCCCAAUUGUGAUAAUGGGUUUUCUAAAAAGAAUCGUCUUACUCGUCACCUUACAACACAUACAGGGGAGAAACCGUUUAAGUGUUCUCAGUGUGAUAAGGGGUUUUCUGCAAAGACUAAUCUUACUGCCCACCUUAGAACACAUACAGGAGAGGAACCCUUUAAGUGUCCCCAUUGUGAUAAGACAUUUUCUCAAAAGGCUAUUCUUACUAACCACCUUAGAACACAUACAGGAGAGAAACCCUUUAAAUGUUCCCAGUGUGAUGAGGGUUUUCCCUAUGAAAGUACCCUUAUUAGACAUUUAAGAACACACAGCCUCGAUGAAAACCCCCUUCAAUGCUCCGAUUGUAAUAGGACAUUUUCUCACAAGAAAAGUCUAACUCGUCCCCUUAGAAUACAUACAGGAGAGAAACCUUUUCACUGUUCCCAUUGUGAAAAGGGUUUUUCUGAAAGAGGUACCCUUAUCAGACACCUUAGAACACAUACAGGAGAGAGAACCUUCAAGUGUUCCCAGUGUAAUAAGGGGUUUUCUGCAAAGACUAGUCUUACUGCUCACCUUAGAACACAUACAGGAGAGAAACCCUUUAAGUGUUCCCAGUGUGAUAAGGGGUUUUCUCAAAAGUCUAUUCUUACUAUUACCACCUUAGAACACAUACAGGAGAGAAACCCUUUAAGUGUCCCCAUUGUGAUAAGACAUUUUCUGUAAAGACUAAUCUUACUGCCCACCUUAGAACACAUACAGGAGAGAAACCAUUUAAGUGUUCUCAGUGUGAUGAGAGUUUUCCCUAUGCAAGU